UUCCCACACAUAAAAAGAGCACCUGGGUCACCAGGGCGACAGGUCAUCUUGAACGCGUCAAGAAACUUCUAUUUCAAGUGCCAAAAACCUUCAACUUGACACUUUCCCCCAUACAUCACCAUCGCACGCUCCAUCUACCAGAUACCCUACGACAUCGCUACGAUGACCCACGUCAACCCAAGACACGAUAACCUUCAAGACCCGUGGGCUGCGAUCCGAUAUCAUAUGACAGGUCUGGCAGAACACCAAGCUAAUAUAGGAUUCAGGUUCGAGCUCUUCCUUCUCGGCGACGGCGAGAAGAAGAUCACCGAGCAAGUCUUUACUGGAAUGUCCAAUACCUCGGACUUCACCUUGCACAAGGAAGACCAUACUCUCGGCAAUCUCCUGAGCGAGCAUCUGAAGAAGGCCCCCCACGUUAUGAUGGCUGGAUACAAGGUUGGCCACCCGAACGUCCCGGAGGUCCUACUUCGCGUCCAGACCGAUGGCACCAUCACGCCCCGUGAGGCUCUGGUCGAGGUUUGCAAGCAACUCGUUGCCACCUUGGGCCAGCUUGGUCGCGAAUUCCAGAAGGAAUUCGCCUUCCGCCAGAUUGCGGACCAGGGCAACCAGGGCAACGCCAACGGCGGAGCUAGCGGCAAUUAAGUGAAACGGCCGUCUCUACAUGGAGAGGAAAGGGCUGGAUCUCCGAGGGGUUUGGCGCAUGGCGUUGCAAGGAACGGUUCUACGUUGACGUCCAGGUCAAAUUCAGGUAGUUAGGGGCGGGAAAAGUGCUUGACUAUG